AUGAGCCCUCCCGAACAACUUCGCUCCAGCAGCCAAACCCGAGCUAUUAGGCCCACCGCAGCUGUUAACGACACUGGUUUCCCAUUGAGCCGCUCCGAGUCACAUCCUAGUCACAUCCAGGCGCCUGUUCCAACCGCUGUCAACCCUGCGCGACCGAGAGCUGCCGCGGACCUGGUCAACGAAUCCAACCGUCAAGAUGGUAGCCCACGCCUGCUUGGUGGAGGACGCUUCCUUCGAGAUCCCCUUGGAGACGGCUCGAGGUCACCAUCCCAGAGUCCAUUUCGCCUAAACAUGCCCGCCAUCUCACCCGGUCAGCUCGCCUUCUCAGCUAUGCAGUACCUGCCGGUGCCGACAAUGGUUCUUAACAAUCUCAAGACUGUUGUUUUGGCUAAUGAGGCGAUGGGUCGAAUGCUAGGAAUAGUUACAGAAGAUUCGGACGAGGAGGAUGUAUCCACUACUAUCGAACAUCUGCGGGGCCAGUCCCUCUCUCAGGUCGGAGUCGAUAUGUUACAAGACGGACAGCCUGUGUGGGCGACAUGGGAGGCCUUCCUUGACACCUUGGUCGACGAGAUGGGCAUACGAGCACCGGCGAGAGAUUCGAGACAACACUCCCAGUCAGGUGGCGACGCUACACCAACCACCAGUACCAUGCCCACCCCCGAGAGCCGUCCCUGCCCUCCUGCUCGCCAGACCCAGGAUGCCGUUGUUGAGGUCGUCAUCACCAGGAAAGGUAUCAGCAGAACUUCGUUCGACAAUAGGUAUAAAGCCAAGGAAUCAGACUACCAGGUCUUUGCCAAGAUGAUCAUAACUAUCUGGGAGCUCGAGGAUCGGCAAGCUUUCUUCACGCUGACCUUUACCAACACCCAAUCGCCAAAGUCGACGCUCUCCAACACAAAGAAGUCGAUCGCGAGACCGAGUAUCCUCGAGGCUGCCGAGCGCAAGUCCAUCUCCCACUCCAACCCAUCCUCAGUCGCAUCCAGCAGAGACUCGAAUUCGCCCUCGUUUCACAGUCCUGGCAUUGUCACCAUGUCCUCGAGCCCCUUUCCCCCGAUGGGACCUCCAUCCGUUGCGUCCCAUUCUAGCACACCAUCACUCCUACAGAAGAUGCUGCUGAUGAAAGACGCCUUAUUAAACAACACCCAGAUGCCCAUCCUUGCAAUGUGGAAGGACGGUAGUGUCACGUUCCCCAACUCUGCGGCUCGCAAAUUGUUUGAGAAGGAUGCACCGCUUGACACCUCAGUCAAUGGCUUCGAUCUCCUUCAGCACUGGCACAUUUACACCGAGGACUUUUCUCGCCGAUUAGAUGUUACAGAAUAUCCCAUCUCGACUUUGCUCAAGACCGAGACUCCCUUUAGCGGUACUCGCGUAGGAAUGUAUGAUGAGGCUGGAAAGAAGCUGGUUUUCGACGUGCUUGGGGAGGCGAUCCGGGACGAUUCAACAGGCGACUUCCUUGCCGGCGUUGUCACGGGACGCGAUGUUACCGUUAUGACAGAAGAGAUCACACAGAUCAAGGAGCGGGAUGAGGAACGAUUUAAGCUCAUCUGCGACACAAUGCCUCAACUGGUCUGGACGGCAACCUCGGACGGCCUGGUGGACUUUUGGAACACUCGGUUCUACAAUUACUCGGGACUGACUCCAGAGAAUAGCCUCGGCAAGUCAUGGGUGAAUGCUUUCCACCCGGAUGACCUGGUCGAGGCUCAAAGAAGGUGGAAACAUUCUUUGAAUACGGGUGACCCCUACAUGACGGAAUAUCGAUGCCAAAGCAGAGAUGGGCACUGGCGCUGGUUCCUCGGACGGGCAUUACCUCAACGCAACAAGGAGACUGGCAAGGUUGAGAGGUGGUUUGGGACCUGUACCGACGUUCACGAGAGCAUUCAGACCAAGAUGAAUGCCAAGCGCACACGGCAGCAGCUGCUCAGCGUUAUUGCCCACUCCCAUGUUACUAUCUUCACUGUCGACCCGAAGCGCCGAGUGACGAUGCUUGAAGGCGCGUUGAUUUGGAACAAUACCCACGAAGAGAACCAUGAUGGAACGAGAUGGUUCGUCGGAGAGAACAUGUACAAGGUGUUCAACCGUCUGACCGCACAACUCGCCGACGGCGAACGUCCAGAGUUCCUGGAGCCCAUCGAGCUGAUUCUUGACGGGCAAGUUGCCGAAGAUGUCAAGGAACACGGGAUCGACGAUCGCUGGUAUAGGACUCGUUUCCUCCCUAUGUUGGGCAAAAAGACCCAAGAAAGUGGUGCAAAGAACGAUACGUAUAUCGAGGGCGUCAUAGGCGUCAUCAUGGAUGUCACAGAGCUCAAGAGCCGCGAACAAGCAUUGGAGAAGCAGUCCAAGGAGAAGCGAAAGGCCAUCGCUAACGAAGCAGCCGCCAAGGAAGCCAACAGACUCAAGAGUCAGUUCCUGGCCAACAUGUCUCACGAAAUCCGGACGCCUAUCACAGGUGUAUUGGGAAUGGCCGAGCUACUCGCUGGAAUGCACCUGGACGAGGAACAGCAAGAAUACGUUGAAAACAUCCAAAGCUCAGCAACAUCUCUCCUCACCGUCAUCAAUGACAUCUUGGACUUUUCAAAGGUGGAGUCUGGGCGUCUCGACAUUGAAGAGGUACAAUUCUCGUUGUCUCACAUUGUCAAGGAGGUGGGAAGAAUGUUGCAGUUCGCCGUGGAACGCAAGAAUCUCGAUUUCCAAUCAGAUAUCGGGGACGGCAUCGAAAACGACCUGGUUGUUAUUGGAGACCCUGGACGCGUACGACAGAUCCUCACGAAUCUCUUGACCAAUAGCAUCAAAUUCACGAAUCAAGGAUACGUUAGGUUCUCGGUGGUUGCGGAGAAGGAGACGGCCGAAUCCAUCGAGGUCAGGUUCACGGUUGAAGAUACGGGCAUUGGUAUUCAAGACGAGGUUCGGAAGAAGUUGUUCCAGCCGUUCAGCCAAGGCGACGCAUCAACCGCAAGACGAUUCGGAGGCACUGGACUGGGUUUGACCAUUUGCAAGAACUUGUUGGAUUUGAUGCACGGACGGAUCUCGCUAGAGUCCAACGUCGGUGUUGGAACCCGAGCGACGUUCUGGAUCCCCUUCAACAAGCCAAGUGGCCCGGCAGAAGCUGGUCUUGCUAACGCAGGCGCUAUUCCUGACCGCCUUCAAUCUGAGUUGAGCAUGUCUUGCAAUAGCUCGGAGUAUGAUCAAAUUGUCGGCACCCCUCCGGCGUCUGAUGGAAUGCAAGGAGGCUCCUCAGGAUCUCGCCGGGCCCGGUUCGGUAUCUCAUCAUCAUCAAGCCCUGACCAGGAGCUGCCCCCAUCAGAAAGAGCCAAGAUCCACAUCUUGGUGGUUGAAGACAAUCCCAUCAACCAGAAGAUUGCCACCAAAACAAUCGGUCGACUUGGCUUCCAGGUGACGGCUGCCUGGAAUGGAAAGGAAGCCCUGGAAUAUCUCUCUGGUGUUCAUCAAGGCACCAAACCCAAGCCGGAUAUCAUCUUGAUGGAUGUGCAGAUGCCCAUCAUUGAUGGAUACAAGUGUACACACUUGCUGAGGCACCACCUUCCCUACAAACCUAUCGUCCAAGAUGUCCCUAUCGUGGCCAUGACAGCAUCGGCGAUCCAGGGCGACCGAGAGAAGUGCACUAGGGCUGGUAUGGAUGACUACUUGGCCAAGCCUGUUCGGAGCGUCAUACUAGAGAAGAUGCUGCUUCGAUGGUGCCAUGCUCGGCGUCAGGCAUCCACAGCGCCGGAUCCUUCCGCAUCGGACUGUUCAGAGAUGAGCGAACACUGUGACAACGCAGAUAUUCCGCAUGUCGGCAUCGACGAGAACGACAUGCCUCCUGUUGGACGCACAUCCGAAGACUUCAACAACAGCCCCAUUACGCCCCGGCCGUUGACGACGAACGGACAGAACGAGCCAUCCCCUUUCGAUACCACGACUCCGGAACUCGCGCCUCAGUUGCGGCGGCCGGAGGGAGAGACUGAAUGGUCAAACAGGCUUCAAGAGACCAAGCUCAUCGACGCUGCGGGUGGACCAUCGAGCUAUCGAAGGAACUCGUACCAAGAACUACAGACUGGGGACUCAUUGACGGAGGAGAACGUCAGCAAGCUAAGGAGCGGUAGCCAAGCGCCACGUCGGUAG